AUGGCUCCUCCGAAGAGAACCGCUGCUCCUAAGGAGAACAUCUCCCUAGGCCCCUCCGUCCGUGACGGCGAGCUCGUCUUUGGCGUUGCUCGAAUCUUCGCCUCUUUCAACGAUACCUUCGUCCACGUCACCGAUCUCAGUGGUCGCGAGACCAUCACCCGUGUCACUGGUGGAAUGAAGGUCAAGGCCGACCGUGACGAGUCUUCCCCCUACGCCGCCAUGUUGGCUGCCCAGGACGUUGCUGCUCGAUGCAAGGAGCUGGGCAUCAACGCCCUUCACAUCAAGAUCCGUGCCACUGGUGGUAACGGUACCAAGACCCCCGGACCUGGUGCCCAGUCUGCUCUCCGUGCCCUUGCCCGUGCUGGCAUGAAGAUUGGCCGUAUUGAGGACGUUACUCCUACUCCCUCCGACUCUACUCGCAGAAAGGGCGGUCGCCGUGGUCGCCGUCUCUGA